AUGAGUACAGCAGGAAAAGUAAUAAAAUGCAAAGCAGCUGUGCUAUGGGAGCUCAAAAAACCAUUUUCCAUUGAGGAGGUGGAGGUUGCACCCCCUAAGGCCUAUGAAGUUCGUAUUAAGAUGGUGGCCGCAGGAGUCUGUCGCUCAGAUGACCAUGCGAUUAAUGGAUCUUUGAUCACACCUCUUCCUGCGAUCAUAGGCCAUGAGGCAGCCGGCAUUGUGGAGAGCAUUGGAGAAGGGGUGACUACAGUAAAACCAGGUGAUAAAGUCAUCCCACUCUUUGUUCCCCAGUGUGGAAAGUGCAGUGUUUGUAAACACCCGGAAGGCAAUUUCUGCCUGAGAAACAGUCUGACCAAGCCUCGGGGGACCCUUAUGGAUGGUACCAGCAGGUUUACCUGCAGAGGGAAGCCCAUCUACCAGUUCAUCGGCACCAGCACCUUCACCCAGUACACAGUGGUGGAUGAGAUGUCAGUGGCCAAGAUUGAUUCAGAGUCACCACUGGAGAAAGUCUGUCUCAUUGGCUGUGGAUUUUCUACUGGUUAUGGGUCUGCAGUCAAAGUUGCCAAGGUCACCCCGGGCUCCACCUGUGCCGUGUUUGGCCUCGGAGGAGUUGGUCUGUCUGUUAUCAUGGGCUGUAAAGCAGCUGGAGCAGCCAGGAUCAUUGCAGUGGACAUCAACAAAGACAAAUUUGUAAAGGCCAAAGAGGUGGGUGCCACCGAGUGCAUCAACCCUCGGGACUAUGAGAAACCCAUCGAGGAGGUGCUGAAGGAAAUGAGUGGUGGAGGUGUGGAUUUUUCAUUUGAAGUCAUCGGUCGUUUUGACACCAUGAUGGCUGCCUUGCUGUGCUGUCAAGAAGCAUAUGGAGUAAGCGUCAUUGUAGGAAUAUCUCCUAGUACCCAAAAUCUCUCUAUGAACCCCAUGUUGCUGUUGACUGGACGUACCUGGAAAGGAGCUAUUUUUGGUGGCUUUAAAAGUAGAGAUUCUGUCCCCAAACUUGUGGCUGAUUUUAUGGCUAAGAAGUUUCCACUGGAUGCAUUAAUAACCCAUGUUUUACCCUUUGAAAAAAUAAAUGAAGGAUUUGACCUGCUUCGCUCAGGAAAGAGUGUCCGUACCAUCCUGACAUUUUGA